GACUGCUGCCCAGACUUCGCUCCCUCUGCUUCCCUGGUUCUAAUAUUCUGAAAAGCUAAUUGUGUACCGUACCUCCAGCUCACCUUCACAGAGAACCGAGCAGAAAGAUAACCCUCUCGUCAUUGCCUUAGGCGGGCAGUGGCCACUAGAUUCCACCUGCUCUGUGCUAACUGCCUUUUUCUUUCCCACCUCUUUUUACUGGCUUUCUUCCUGGACGCUCUCACUUGCCCUUGUAUGUACAGUGAAAGCUGGAGAUUUUAUCCUGAUGGCUGACUCUAAACCACUCCUCUCCCGUGAUGGUGACCCCAUGGCUGCAGAAGCCUUGCUCCGGGAUGUGUUUGGGAUUGUGGUGGAUGAGAUCAUUUGGAAAGGGACCAGUGCCUCUGAGAAGGUGUGUGAGUGGAAGGAGCCGGAGGAGCUGAAGCAGCUGCUGGAUUUGGAGCUGCGGAGCCAGGGAGAGCCUCAGGAGCAGAUCCUGGAGCGGUGCCGGGCUGUGAUCCGCUACAGCGUAAAGACCUGUCACCCACGCUUCUUCAACCAGCUCUUCUCAGGUUUGGAUCCCCAUGCUCUGGCUGGGCGCAUCAUCACCGAGAGCCUCAACACCAGCCAGUACACUUAUGAAAUAGCUCCUGUGUUUGUACUCAUGGAAGAAGAAGUGUUGAAGAAACUCCGGGCGCUGGUGGGCUGGAGCUCUGGGGAUGGGGUCUUCUGUCCUGGUGGCUCCAUCUCCAACAUGUAUGCUGUGAAUCUGGCCCGCUAUCAGCGCUACCCAGAUUGCAAGAGGAGGGGCCUCCGGGCAUUGCCACCCCUAGCCCUCUUCACAUCAGAGGAGUGUCACUACUCCAUCAAGAAGGGAGCUGCUUUUCUGGGCCUUGGCACCGACAGUGUCCGAGUGGUCAAGGCAGAUGAGAGAGGGAAAAUGAUCCCUGAGGAUCUGGAGAGGCAGAUCAGUCUGGCUGAGGCUGAGGGUGCUGUGCCUUUCCUGGUCAUUGCCACCUCUGGCACUACUGUGCUGGGGGCUUUUGACCCCCUGGAAGCAAUUGCUGAUGUGUGCCAGCGUCACGGGCUGUGGAUGCAUGUGGACGCUGCCUGGGGUGGAAGUGUUUUGCUGUCACAGACACAUAGACAUCUCCUGGAUGGGAUCCAGAGGGCAGACUCCGUGGCCUGGAAUCCCCACAAACUCCUCACAGCAGGCCUGCAGUGCUCAGCUCUUCUUCUCCAGGAUACCUCGAACCUACUCAAGCACUGCCAUGGAUCCCAGGCCAGCUACCUCUUCCAGCAAGACAAGUUUUACGAUGUGGCCCUGGAUACGGGAGACAAGGUGGUGCAGUGUGGCCGCCGUGUGGACUGUCUGAAGUUGUGGCUCAUGUGGAAGGCCCAGGGCGGGCAAGGGCUGGAGUGCCGUAUCGACCAGGCCUUUGCCCUUACCCGGUACUUGGUGAAAGAAAUGAAGAAGCGGGAAGGAUUUGAGUUGGUCAUGGAGCCUGAAUUUGUCAAUGUCUGUUUCUGGUUCGUGCCUCCCAGCCUGCGGGGCAAGCAAGAGAGUCCUGAUUACAGUGAAAGGCUGGCUAAGGUGGCACCAGUACUCAAGGAACGCAUGGUGAAGGAGGGCUCCAUGAUGAUUGGCUACCAGCCCCAUGGGACCAAGGGCAACUUUUUCCGUAUGGUCGUGGCCAACCCCGCGCUGACCCGGGCUGAUAUGGACUUCCUCCUCAACGAGCUGGAAAGGCUCGGGCAGGACCUCUGAGUCUCCUCCUUCUGGUUGCUGGCCUUGACACCCCCCUCACUUCAUUGGCUCUGUUAAUUCCCUCCCUGUGUUCUCAAGAACAGCCUUUCUAGGAAACAGUGGUUGUAACGCUUAUAUGCUUUGACCCACUAACUCUCCUAUUAAAUAUUUGAUAUUAGGAGAAUGUUUAAAUGAACUAUAGUAUAUCCUUAUGAUGGAAUAUUAUUCUGCCUUUAGAAUUAUGUUUACAAAGAGGAUUUUAUUGAUAAGAGAAAAAAUAAUUUUAAUAUAAUGUGAUGUUGAAAAAGCUGGAUACAAUACUUUAGACAGAGGGUGCCAAAAAAGUGUAUACACAUUUUAAGAAAGGAAAAAAUGUAUUAAAAUUGUAAUACUCAAUAUAUACCCAUAACAAAAGAUAAAUACAUGCGUAUACAUUUUUUUGGCACCCCCAGUAUAUAGUAAUAUCGUAUAUUAAAAAAUAUAUAGAAAAGAAUGGAUGAAGUAUGCCAAAAUGUUAGUAGUUUUCCCUGGGAUGGGAUUAUAGGCAAUUUAAAAAUUAACUUCUUUAUGCCUUUUGUGCUCCUCCUUUUAUUAUGUAAUGAAUAUGCAUUAUUUUUAUAAUAGAAAAAUAAAGUUAAAAUUUCAACUGUA